AUGGUUGAAAGAAACUUAUUACCAGAGUUUACUAUUGAUGAUGCUGUUUCGUACUUCCUUGCUGUGAGUGACGCAUUACAGGAUGAUGAACCUGCAAAAUUUCAAGAGUUUCUCAACAUUUUUAGGGAUUUUGAAGCUCGUAGAGUCGACACACCUACUGUCGUUGCAAGAAUGGAGGAACUAUUGUAUGAUCACUUCAAUCUGCUUCUUGGUUUAAAUACCUUCCUUCCCGUUGAGUUUUGGAUAACCAUCCCUCCUGUGGCUAGAAAAGAGUCCGGCCAAUUUCAAAAGGUGGUUGGAAAAAGGCUACCGCCGCCGAAGCCUACCAUGGGUGAUGCGACUUCAUAUAUCGCUGCUCUGAAGGAAGCAUUUCAUGAUGAACCUGCAAAGUAUGAGGAAAUUCUUAAGCUCUUGAACAAUUUUAAAGCUCGCAGAGUCGAUGCUGCUAGUGUCAUUGCAAGGGUGGAUGAACUCUUGAAAGAUCACCAGAGCCUGCUUCUUGGUUUCAGUCUCUUUCUUUCAGCUAACAUGAAUUCUAUCAGGAAGCCAAAGGGUUUGUUUCAGGGAGAUGGUAGUCAUGUAGUUAACUCAGUUCUUCAAGAGGGAAACAAGUCCAAAAAUGAGGUAGGGGACACUUUGUGUGUUGCACUUGUUCAGGGUCAUGAAGAGACGGAAAAGAUUGUAGAGCUUCUAACGACGAGUGACUGUCAAUUUCACACCACCAUGGUUGAAAGAAACUUAUUACCAGAGUUUACUAUUGAUGAUGCUGUUUCGUACUUCCUUGCUGUGAGUGACGCAUUACAGGAUGAUGAACCUGCAAAAUUUCAAGAGUUUCUCAACAUUUUUAGGGAUUUUGAAGCUCGUAGAGUCGACACACCUACUGUCGUUGCAAGAAUGGAGGAACUAUUGUAUGAUCACUUCAAUCUGCUUCUUGGUUUAAAUACCUUCCUUCCCGUUGAGUUUUGGAUAACCAUCCCUCCUGUGGCUAGAAAAGAGUCCGGCCAAUUUCAAAAGGUGGUUGGAAAAAGGCUACCGCCGCCGAAGCCUACCAUGGGUGAUGCGACUUCAUAUAUCGCUGCUCUGAAGGAAGCAUUUCAUGAUGAACCUGCAAAGUAUGAGAAAAUUCUUAAGCUCUUGAACAAUUUUAAAGCUCGCACGUAA